CAAGCGAAGUUUCUCGGUGGUGAAGCCUCUCUCUCCUUUUCUUGGUUCUAGGGCGCGCUGGAGCGCGCUCUACUACAAGCUCCUCCGAGACUGCGAGACUGCGUGGCUUUGCUAGGGCUGUGGUUUCUUUGCUCCUGCCCCCAGCCCACCUGUCUUGGGGGCGGGGCUUGGGGGACGGAGGAGCCAUCCUGAGAAUCCUCGACCCACGCCGGCGAGUGGGCGAGCUGAUAGCCACAACCUAGCAGUUAGGAGUCCUGGGCGUUGAGCUAAUUUCUGACCGGACGCUCUGACUGCCCCUGCUCUCCAGCCCUGAUUUAGUUCUCCGUUGAUUUGAGAUUCCUUGCGAGAAGCUGCGGAGGGUUCGCGGCCCGACAGGUAGCUAUCCUCUGCCUAGGAGCCUGCGAAAGGAGCUGCUACUGAAACAACUGUUCCCAUGGCUCUCCAGGCACCUGAAACCGGGAUCCAGACUGGGCAUUGGGAUGUUUGUCUUUGCCUUGUUCCAGUUUCACAGCAUGUAUGUUGAUGAUUGGAAUCCUGGGCCAAUCAAGAGUCAAGUUCAAAGUGGUACUCCUGGGUUCUGCAUCCCAGACUCAAAGUUGAACUUGAGUCUAGAAGAGAGGACUUUUCUGCUCCAACUAGUGAAUCUCCGUGCUGGCACCGGACUUUUUAGAGCUGUGCUCGCUGGGCUUGAACUGUUGUGGCUACAGGCUUCUCUUGGGGAUGGGUGGUUGGGUGCGUUGAACCCCAGACCACAGCACCGAGAACAGUGACAAUGGAUAGAGUUUAUGAAAUUCCCGAGGAGCCCAAUGUGGAUAGGGUUUCGUCUCUAGAGGAAGAUGUGAUUCGUGGGGCCAACCCCCGUUUUACCUUUCCUUUUGGUAUCCUCUUCUCCACCUUUUUGUACUGUGGGGAGGCAGCAUCUGCCUUGUACAUGGUUAGAAUUUACCGAAAGAGUAAUGAAACCUACUGGAUGGCAUAUACCUUUUCCUUCUUUAUGUUUUCGUCUAUUAUGGUCCAGCUGACCCUCAUUUUUGUACACAGAGAUCUGGCCAAAGAUAAACCACUAUCAUUAUUCAUGCAUCUAAUCCUCUUGGGACCUGUUAUGAGAUGUUUGGAGGCCAUGAUUAAAUACCUCACACUGUGCAAGAAGGAGGGGCAGGAGGAGCCCUAUGUCAGCCUCACCCGAAAGAAGAUGCUAAUAGAUGGCGAGGAGGUGCUGAUAGAAUGGGAGGUGGGCCACUCCAUCCGGACCUUGGCUAUGCACCGCAAUGCCUACAAACGUAUGUCACAGAUUCAAGCUUUCCUGGGCUCAGUGCCACAGCUGACCUACCAGCUCUAUGUGACUCUGAUCUCUACAGAGGUCCCCCUGGGGAGAGUUGUAUUAAUGGUCUUCUCUCUGAUAUCUGUCACCUAUGGGGCCACCCUCUGCAAUAUGUUGGCUAUCCAGAUCAAGUAUGAUGACUACAAGAUUCGCCUGGGACCACUAGAAGUUCUUUGCAUCACCAUCUGGAGGACGUUGGAGAUCACUUCCCGUCUCAUGAUCCUGGUGCUCUUCUCAGCCACUUUGAAGCUGAAGGCUGUGCCCUUCUUAGUGCUCAAUUUCCUGAUCAUUCUUUUUGAGCCUUGGGUUAAGUUCUGGAGGAGUGGUGCCCAGAUGCCCAAUAACAUUGAAAAAAACUUCAGCCGGGUCGGUACUCUGGUAGUACUAAUUUCAGUCACUGUCCUCUAUGCUGGCAUCAACUUCUCUUGCUGGUCAGCCUUGCAGUUGAAGUUAGCAGAUAGAGAUCUUGUUGACAAAGGUCAGAACUGGGGUCACAUGGCCCUGCACUAUAGUGUGAGGUUAGUAGAGAAUGUGAUCAUGGUCUUGGUUUUUAAGUUCUUGGGAGUGAAAGUGUUACUGAAUUAUUGCCAUUCUUUGAUUGCCUUGCAACUCAUUAUUGCAUAUGUCAUUUCCAUUGGCUUCAUGCUCCUUUUCUUCCAAUACUUGCAUCCUUUGCGCUCACUGUUCACCCAUAAUGUUGUAGAUUACCUCCACUGUGUCUGUUGCCACCGGCAGUCUCAGGACAGGGCUGAGAACUCAGAGCCAUCCUUUGAAGCUGAAACAAGGCAAAAUGUUGUCUGAUUCUACCUUCUGAGUAUUUGGGGGAUGGGAUAGAAGUUGCUAUAGCAAUUGUGAAAUUUAAGGAAGAAUGAGGCUCAUGGGUGAAUACCCACCAGCACAUUUUCUAGUUUUUUGUUGGUAAGUCUAUGCAAAGAAAGAGCAACUCCAAAAGAGGUUUUAUUUUAUUUUCUCCAGAUUUAUUGCUGUGUUUGAACACUAGAGGUAACCAUGACCUAGAUGAAAGUGUCAGAAAUACCACUGAAAUCCUUUCUACCCAGGUCAAUUCAGAUAACUUACUUCCAAGCAUCUUGGGCUCUCUUUGACCUUCCAGUUCAGCUCACAUGCUUGAGUCAUUACUUGGCUUUCCUAGACUGAGAAGAAGGCCUAGAAUUCUAUGAGAAUUUAUCAUGACUGAUUAGAGGAUGUGACAGUUUACUGGCUAUGGGUACAUCCCAGGAAAUAAUGUGACUAAUGUGGAACCUGGAACUUGUUAGUGUGGCUGGAGUAUUUUCAUUCUAAUGAGAAAUAUUGGCUAAGAAGAAGAGUCAGUAAUAAAAUAGUUAUUUCCCUAAAUGAGGUAGCUCUCCAUUAGGAUCUUACUGGUGAUCAUUCUAUAAGGGCCUCUCUUUUCAAUGGCCCUUGGUAAGCAUACUCUGAGGAGGUAGUACAGAAUAGGACUCCUUCAUGUCAUAAGGACAAUUUUUCCCCUUCAGGGGCUUGCACGGACCUCAAGCUUGUCCAGUUGAAUGGAUGAACGAAAUCUCCCUCUUAGUGCCUCAUUAUCAGGGAUUCAUUCUCACUUAGUUUUUAAAAAAAGAUUUAUUUAUUUUUAUUGCAAAGUCAGAUAUACAGAGAGGAGGAGAGACAGAGAGGAAGAUCUUCCAUACGUUGAUUAACUCCCCAAGUGACCACAACAGCUGGAGCUCAGUCAAUCCAAAGCCAGGAGCCAGGAACUUCCUCCAGGUCUCCCAUGCAGGUGCAGGGUCCCAAGGCUUUGGGCCGUCCUUGACUGCUUUCCUAGGCCACAAGCAGGGAGCUGGAUGGGAAGUGGAGCUGUCGGGAUGAGAACUGGUCCCCAUAUGGGAUCCUGGAGCAUUCAAGGCGAGGACUUUAGCCACUAGGCCACCAUGUCGGGCCCCCCACUUAGUUUUUCAGUGCUCUUGCUAUGAUACUACUUGGUGUAGACCUCAGAGAGGCUGAACUGCAAUUG